AGUGAGAAAGCAAGCGGAACCAUUUGAUGUGAUGAAGUACAACGAAUUUGUCCUUUCACGUUUGAUCUGUCAACUUCCUGAUUGAGAGGUUGGCCGGGUAGACCAGUUUAUCACUGCUCCACCCGUCCGUCCCCACUCUAGCCCUUAGCACACACCCGGAGCUAACCAUGGGUAUUCAACAUUAACUAGCGGACCAUCCCUAGCAGACGGCGAGCAGAACAGGGAAACCUGAACCUGCUAGAAACGUGCACAGCAACAGCAAAGUGCUGCACGGGUGCGCAUUGCCCCCCCCCCCCUACCCCACUGGGUGGCCAUCAUGAGAAAUUGCGUCCUGGACCGCGAACCUCGCACCGAAGUGUUCGGCCGACCUCCCUAUUGGUCCCGGGGGUCACAACCUCCUUUCUGCGCGCCCCAGCCCGGCCCGGCCCCUCCCCCGCACCGCUCCGCACACGACGACCGCAGGGCUGCGCGGGUGGGGGUGGAGUGGGGGCAGCGGGCAUACGUAGAAACAUUCUCCAGUGGCUGUCUCUAUCCGAAGGUAAGAGUUUCCCGUUUUGUUUUGCCGAUUAACGUUCCAGUUUUAAUAAGCCGAUUGACGUUGGUAAUAUAGAUUCUCGUGUUCUCUGUUCCGUUCCGUUCGUCCCCACUAGCAGUCCGCUGUCAUAGCUCUGCUUGUGUCAUAAACAUAGCGCCCUUAUCCCUUGCUUCGCGCCGGGCCGUGGUGGGCCAGCCAUGUCUCGCAGCGCUGCUCCUCGCGCCAUGCGCCCCAUAACCCCUGACCUCUUACAGCUCAAUCGGCACUGGGCACCAUAUGGCUUGCCCAUCCACUUCUUGCCAAGUGAUCCGCAGUCUCAUAUUUUAAAUUUAAAACAACGGCUGUCUAAAAUGUGAAAUGUACUUGUUUUCGCACACGCAAAAAUUGUGAAUUAAGCAAAUUUUGAAUGAAGAUUCUAGCACAAUUUGCUCAUAUUUGUGUAUGAGAAUCGCCUCCGGUCGCCGUUCCUUUUGCCUACGCGGCAGUAGAUGUUUUGCUACUGGAUUGGAAGUGGACUGUCUCAGUUUCAUUGUCGAGUUGAGUGAGCCGGCGCCGUCAGCCCCGCGAGCGAUGAGUGCGAUGUGAGUCAGUGACUCACAAACCUCGUGACCACGCCGUGGAGUCGAGCCGACUCAUACUGCACCGCUCCAAACAGCGGUGGAUAGGUCCGGAAGAAAACCAGAUUAAUUCAACCGAGUCGAGUCGUUGAGUCACUGGGUAAGCGUUCGAGCCAUGAGCCAUGAGCGCUGCGAUAGACGCGGCGUGAAUCAGAGGAACGCACCACAGGUAGCACCAAUAGAAAAAGUAAGACUCCUUGAAUAAAGCAUUCCGGUAAAGCUGAAAUGCAGAAGAAUGCAGGGAACAAGAAAACGGAAGUCUCAUGUUAAAGCGUAGCGAGUUCCGUCUUCUUCCCCGCAUUCAGCUUUACCGGAAUGCCUUAUUCAGCCACGGCGAACAUGUUGGCAAAUAAGUAAAAUGUUCACGGUAAAAAUGAUGUCUUAUAAUUCAAGCAGGUUGCUUGGAAUCCAAGACAUUUUCCCUUGAAUUCCAAACAAUCUUCUUGAACUACACGACAUCAUUUUUACCGUGUUUGGGGCACACAUCUUGUUGGUCAUGCCAACCCGUGGGAAGCGUCGAGGGUCGAGGGAGGGGGUUGUUGCGCUGCCAUUGGCGGUGGGUGGUCAAGGUGGCGCCGCCCUCCGCGCCGCCCUCCGCGCCGCCCUCCACGCCGCCCCUGCGCCGCCCCAUACGCCAGGGGAUGGCCACGACCCCAGGUUUUGGCGCCAUGGUGCACCUAGACGUCGGAGGCGUUGGACAUCGAGUAGCUACGCGGCUCCCGGCGUCCUUCAUGGGCCGCGCCCUGCCCGUGCCCGUGCCCUGUCGGGUCUGCGGGGACAAGUCCUUCGGGAAGCACUAUGGUGCCUUCUGCUGCGACGGCUGCUCCUGCUUCUUCAAGCGCAGCGUUCGCAGGAACGCCGUUUACAUCUGCAUCUCCGGCAGGGGCCUGUGCGCCGUGGACAAGACGCGCAGGAACUGGUGCCCCUACUGCCGCCUGCAGAAAUGCUUCGAGGCGCGGAUGAACGCGGCCGCCGUACAGCAGGAGCGAGGCCCCCGCAAAUCCAAGACCGAUGCCAGUAGGAAGGACACCAGGCCGUCGGUGGAGCGCGGCCGCGGCGCCUCGGCAGCGUACACACCCCCACCGCCAGCGCCGCCCGCCUCCUCGUCGGCCAGCGAGUGCGGGGGCGGCCUGCCGUCCGGCCCGCCGUCCUCGCCGGGCUGCUGGUCCGCGUCUUCCCCGGCGGGCUCCGAGGCCAGCGGCUGUCAGCAGGACCCGGGGGCGUCAGGCCGGGGCUUGGGCGACGGCAGGGACAGCGCCUUCCAGCGCGCCGCUGCCCCGGCCGCCAGCCUGUCCGCCCCAAGGCCCCAGGCGGGCCGGUACGCCCCGCUAGCCAGCCCCAUGCAGAGCCUGGGCAGGCCGUGCGGCGCGCCGGGGCCAGCGCUGGAUCUGGUGCCGCCGCCCCCGCCGGGUCCUCCGCCGGGGUCGCUGUGGGCGCGCGAGCUGGCCGCGCAGGUGCUGCUGCUGAGCCUGCGGCGCGCCCGCGCGCAUGAGGUGCUCGGUACGCUGAGCCGCGCUGCGCAGGACGCCAUCCUGCGGUCCGUCUGGGCCGCCAUCUUCAUGCUGAGCGUCAGCACCAUGUGCGGCGCCCGGGACCUGGACGUCGCCGCGCUGCUCGAGGCGGCCGGCUGCAGCGACGCCGUGGUCGGCGCGCUGCGCUUCUUGCAGGGCCUGCGGCUGGACGCGCAGCAGGCCGCCCUCCUGGAGUCCGUGAUCCUGGCCCGACCGGACCUGCUGUCGGCUGGGGCGGAGCGGGCGCGCGCCGCCGCCUGGCAGGAGCGGGUGUGCGCGGACGUGUUCGGGGCGCCGCCCGGCCGCCACCGCGGGGUGCUGCUCGCGCUGCCCGCGCUGUGCGCCGCCAGCCCCGACGCGCUGCAGCGGGAGCUCUUCGAGGACGCGCUGCGGGGCGCGCGUCUCGAGGACGUCGUGGCGGCCAUCUAGCGAUGUUCCGACUGGCACUGCGAAACUGCUGAAAAUAUCGGAAACAUUUACCUACCUCUAACUUAUUAA